AACUCGUCCAAAUCGAAAUCACUUCUAUUAAAAACUAGCAAACCCUACCUCCUCUUAUCCCCUUCUCUUGACGGCGCCACCAUGUCGCCUCCGCCCUCAACCCUAGCCGUAUCGCGCCCUCGCCCUGCCUCCAGCCCCGCGCAGUAUGCUGCUCGCUCCGGGCUCUGGUCAUCUGCCAUGCGUCGUUGGCUACUCGCCUGCUCCCAUGCUCCCUCCGGAUCUGCUGCUCUCGGUGAUUUGGCGCAGCGGCUUUGCGCCUCCACACUUGGUCGCCGGCCUCCUCACCUCCACAAGCCCACGUCGUCGCCGUCUCCUCUUCGCCAUCGCCCCGCUCGCCUCCUGUGCCAACGACCCGACCAACCUCGGCUCCUCCCUCUGCCCCUCCAUCCCAACUCCUGACAUCAAGGUGCACAGCUUCGCUGGCCCCAACGUGGCUCUGCCAAUGCCUCAAGCUCAAACAGCGAUUCUGUUAUGGCUGAAGCAGAACUUGCCUCAAAUGCUGCUGCUGGUGACACGGCGCGCGCAACGCCGGCAAGUCCUCGCUCACAAAUACCAUGGUUGGGACAAAAGUGGCUGCAGUUUCCCGCAAGACAAAUACUACGACUCACGAAAUUUUGGGGGUGCUAACAAAAGGGAACACACAGAUUUGCUUUUUUGACUCCACAGGGCUCAUGUUAGGGCACCAUGGAUUUCCUUAUAGGGACGUCACAGUUCCUGUGGAGAGUGCCUGGAGCUCAAUUAACCUAUAUGAUUUACUAAUAGUCAUGUUCGAUGUCAAUAGGCAUCUUAAUUUGUAAGUCUUCAUCACACUUUUUGGCUAAAUUAAAGUUGUUUGGCUAGUCCUUCAGAUUACUGAAAAUAUAGUUAAGAACAUUUGUAUUUUGCUAUUUCGAUUUCCAACAGUACAACUAUUGGGGAUGAUUGCUUUCCUUUAUAAAAGCAAUCAAGUAAUUUCUUAGCUAAGUUCUAGCUAUAAGUUCUGCAUGACAUGCUAUUGCCCAUGAUAAUUCUGACAGGAUUGCUUCAACUCUUUCAGGUUGAUCAGUUUUGCCUAGUCCCAGUACCAUACAAAGAUGUUCAGCUGGAUAUAAACAUUUCUCCACGUCUCUCUUCUGAAUACAUAAGUUAUCUGGAAAAUCCUGUUGAGUUGCUCAAUGAAGCGGCAAAAGCUGCAGAGAAAGAUCUAUGGAAAAUCCUGUUGAGUUGCUCAAUGAAGGCUUUUGCGAAUCACUUGAAGCGUUAGUACUUUUGUGAAUGAUUUUGUAAAGUGUUUGCAAAUAUGUGCAAAACAUAAUAACAUGUGUAGGUUUUGUGAAUGA